AUGGCCUCCACAGUCUCAUCUUACCUUUACCCAUAUGCCCAACAACUUGCACUCCAUGUCCUUCGGCGUAUCUCGGGUGCACACCUGAAAGUCAUUAUUGCGUAUCAGGAUCCUUCAGAAGUCAUCCAGGUGGGGGAUAUUGAUGGCUCCGAGCAACCCGAAUCUACAGUGACCCUCGUCGUCCGAAAUCCUAAACUAUGGAUGAGGAUUUGUUCGUGUUUAGACCUAGGGUUUGCAGAGGCCUACAUGUUCCAGGAAGUCGACUGUGAUAAUCUAGGUAAAUUAUUCGAUAUUUAUAUCAAGAACAAAAGCCGCCUAGGUUCCGGCAAUCCUAUCUUCCAGCUCCUCCCUCGCCUUGCAUGGCUUCUCCAACCAACCAAUAGCAUCCGGGAAACCCGCCAAAACAUUACAUCCCAUUAUGAUACCUCCAAUACACUCUUUGCUGCAUUUCUUUCCCCGGACAUGAAUUACUCCUGCGCCCACUGGGACGGUGAUCCACUCGAGUCACUGGAAUCGGCGCAGAACCGCAAGAUCAGGAAUCUCCUGACCAAAGCUCAGAUCCUGUCCUCGCAUCAUGUGCUGGAUAUUGGCUGCGGAUGGGGCGAUUUGGCAAUCAAAGCUGCUCAGAUAACGGGCUGCCGAGUGACAGGGCUGACUCUGUCAGACAAGCAGAAGGAACUCGCGGAUCAAAGAGCCAAGGACGCCGGCGUGCAAGAUCGGGUGCGCAUACUGCUUUGCGACUAUCGAGAUGCUUCCGGACCGGAACAAAAUGGUGGAUUCUACGACCGUGUAAUCUCAGUGGGAAUGUUUGAACACGUCGGCCCUGAAUACUUGGACCAAUACUUCGAGGUAAUUUCCCGACUUCUGCACCCUACUCACGGGCUAAUGGUCGUUGAUGGAAUUACCAUGACCAAUAUGCUCCGCGAGACCAAAUCAAAUGUCCCGACAUUUAUCGGCCGCUACAUCUUCCCCGGUGGUUACCUACCAACAAUUCACAUGCUCCUGAGUUCCAUCCACCAGGGUUCUGAUGGAAGCUUGGAGGUCACUUCCGUGCAGAGUAUCGGUCCUCAUUAUGGGAAGACCCUGUCUGCAUGGCGAGAAAACUUUCUCCGCAACUGGAAGACAAUCGAAUCGGACUAUCGUGCCGCACACCAUGAGGCGUCAGAUUCAGAGGUAGAGAAAUUUCGUCGACUAUGGCUAUACUAUUUUAGUUAUUGCGAAUCGGCGUUUCGUGGGAGACUGCUGGGGAAUUACAUCAUUGCUGCAGCCAGGACGCCAGAGCCGAUGGUUGAGUACGGUGCUAGCCUUGAGCAGAUGAUUGAAAAUUAA